AUGAGCUCCGAGCACACAUUCACUUCCAAUGCGCGCGACCCCCGCUUAAACAGACCACCGCCCCCUUAUGGAACAACCUCGCAAGACACCCAAUCGCGAAGGUUUUUCACAUCCCCCAGUGCUUCACGGCAAUAUGAACCUCGGGCUGAUGCUCCUGGUGAUCAGUUCGUACAACGACUUUCCGAUUUGAUACAAGCCGCCGUAAAGACCGCUAGUCUAACAUCGGAGAAGGAAGUUAUACAGAAGAAGCAAAGCACCACUGAAGGUCUUCUAAAGAGAACGAAAGCUCAGCAGGGUUUCCCUUCUACCACCGCUUUUUUCCAGCAAACAUGGAACGACGAAGGCGGUCAUCUAGCUCGUAUAGAUGGCGCGUUGAAGGAGCACCUGUCGCGCUACGAUCAAUUGGAGAAAGUAUUGAAAGCAAACUGGACUUCAUCUAUAAUCGCAGGACCUAGUCUAGUGGAUAAAUAUGAUCAACUGAAAGAAGAGAUCGAAACAACCAAGCAAGAUGCUAAGCGUUCGAAAGACGAGGCCAUUAGCCUUCGAGAUCAAAACCGCUCUCUGGAGGACACGCUCAAGAGCCUCCAGGCGAGAAUGACUAUACUGGAGAAAUCGCUCGAAAACCACGGAACGUCCCUGAGUCAGCAGACCAAAGACCAGUCCUCUCGCCUUGACGAAAUCUCGUUGGAAUUCGAGAAGCGCUUGGAAAGCGUUUCAACCAAAGUGGAAGAAAGCGUAUCGACAAAGUUCCACGUAGAAGUGGAUGAAUGGCAAAAGCAAAGAACAGCUUUGGGUACAGAAUUGGAAUCCCUGCGGACAUGCCAGAAAAGCUUUUCGGUUGCUAUCGGUAAAGUUGACCAGACGACCAAGGAGCAGCAACAGAAAAUAUCUGAUAUUGAAUCACUGGGUCAAAGAUUAGAUAUGCUUGAUACCCGUCUUGGCUCUGUUGAAUCUACGAGGACGGCACCUCCAGCAGUCACGGCAACAAAUGACUCAAACGUGGAUAAAGUUUCUGCAUCUCACCUCCAAACAAAGGUUGAGAGCCUCGAAAACAUACUUAAGCAAUUGCAAGGUUUGCAGGAGAUGAAGGAUGACUUGCACUUUUCGGAAGUGGAAGACUUAAAAAAGUCACUAGUGCAAGCGUCUGAGGAAUUAGUGAUCGUGAAGAACAAUUGCAACGUGCUAUCGAGCGAGGUGAAGACCUUGCGUGAAUUAAAUCCAUCCACGGCCCUACAACAAGUUGCCAAUUUGUCAGGGUCAUUGCAAAGUACACAGCAGUUGGUGGAGACUGUUAGGGUUGGCUUGCAUUCUCUGGAAACCAGAUACAACAGCCUCACUACAGAGCCGUUGGCGAGGAACAUGGUUGUCGCGCUGCAGGAGAUGUACCCCUCUGCUAGUCAGUUACUGGAGCAAUAUUCCGGGUUGAAAACGGUCGUUGAUAACCUGUGUCAAAGCCAAAACACUGUCAUCAGGCAGGCCCAGCAGGAAGCAGCUUUGCGCCUUGAUGAGAUAAACAAGCUGAGAAACGACCAUGCCAGUCUCUCAGGAUCACUUGCACCUCUUUGGGAGCACUACGAGCAGCAAAAAAGGCAAAAUCCGCCACCAAGCCAUGAUGACAUCGGUAAAUUGCGGGUUGAACUCCAGUCUUUAUGUACAAAGUUUGAGGAGUCCAUAUCCAAAUAUGACUCCCAGUUUAGGUCACAGAAACAGUCUGACGAUCGUUUCUUGGACGGUUUACGUGAAGAGCGUAACAAGCUCGAUAGCCGUCUAAGCCAAGUGGCUAGCAGUCUGGAGAGCUUGGCCAAUGAUGUUGAAAAAGUGAGGUCUGUCAAUACUGGCAGUCUGGAGAAGUUGGCCAAUGAUAUUGAAAAGGUGAGGUCUGUCAAUACUAGCAACCUGGAAAGGUUGGCCAAUGAUGUCGGAGAAGUAAGGUCUGUCAAUACCAGCAGUCUUGCAAAAGUUGAAACGCAUGCUAGUGACAUUAAGUCGUUGCAAGAUGACCUUCAUGAACUCAAAAAAGCUACAUCAGAUCGACAUCAAGCAUUUCUUGAUCAACUCGGCGAUAUUACGAAAGCGCACAGUGCGCAUGAUACUAACAUUUCGUCACUGCUUGACCGUAUCAGUGAACUUGAGCGGUCUGAAAAGCUUCGCCAUAAAGAAUUGCAUGAACAGUUGGAUGAACUUAAGAAAGCUGUGGAAGCCAAGGUGUUCCAUCCUCGAGCAGUGUCCCCAAUUGUCGUCGAAGAUCAGGCUCCGAACCCCACAGAUGAUAGUCCUGCUGAUCCAGAAGAGGCGGCCAGGAUUUUGAACGUGGCUGAAACUAACCCUGGGCUCGCAUUGCGGGAGCGAAAGAAGAAAAAGAAGAGACCACGCCCUUCGGGUUUAUCUGAGGAUGAAAAAACUCCCACAAUAGCUCGACAGGAAUCUCCCAGAUCGCUCUCAUCCGGAGCAUCUCCGUUUGAACAAGGGGCAUCCACAGAGAACAAACGACCAAAGAAGAAGAAAAAGCGCAAAAUGGCAUCCACUGAACCGAUACCCCUCGACUAA